UCCAGUGGGAGAAGAAAGGAAAUCAGCGGAAACAUUCUGGGAAAGCUCAACCCCUGUCUUUCCUUCACACUACGUCCUGACUUGGCCGAGAAGGCUCUGGACCGGAGCUCCUAUACAAAGGCUGGAGGCUGGACUGGAGCGGUAGUUCGCCUGGCAUUUUUGGCAUUGGCCAAGGAGCACUGAGCAUGGACCCGGACCUGGCGCUCCACCUCGAGAUCGCCGCGGUGGUCGUGAUGGCGGUGAUCAUCGUCGCCGUGGCCGUCAUGGCAUCCGGCGGAGCCUGCGACGACGCGGCCGGCGCCACGGGGAGCGCCGCGGUGCACGACGCCGACGUCGAGGCCGCCCUCGGCGACGACACGCUUAUGACGUACGAGCUGGCGACCGCCAGGAAGAAGGAGAAGGCGAAGGACAAGGCGAAGGAGAAGGAGGAGGAGGAGGAGGAGGAGCGGUGCGCCCUCUGCCUGUCUGAUUACGGUGAGGGCGACGCCGGCGAGCUAGUGCGAGUGGUGCCGGCCUGCGGGCACUUCUACCACGCGAGCUGCGGCGUCGACAAGUGGCUCCGGAAGCACCGGACGUGCCCGCUCUGCCGCGGAGGGCUCCGGCCGCAGCCGCCGCUGCCGGGGUUGCCACGGCCGGAGUGCCCGCCGAUGCCGCCGUCCCAUUAGCUUAGCACAUGUCUUCUUUUUCCACGACCACGAUUGCUUGUCAGGGUUUGCAUUUUUCUGCAGAGCGCAGAGACGCUCCAGCAUUCUCUGUUUUCCGUCGCCUCCAAGGAAAUGUUGUAUUGUCAUUUGUCACGUUAGUUACCAAGAAAAUUAUGUAGCAACGCGUUAUGCAAAUGGGCGCCACAUUGAGGAGUGAUCUGAUUGGUGCCAAGAUUUACAAUGAAAAUUAUUUGAUGUGUUCCAGAAAA